GGUGGCUGCUCUGCCGGGGGAAAGGCGACCGGGGAGGCCGGGCUGGAAGACAUGGAGGCUGGGCGUCCUUGCAGAGGGAGGGAGCUGUAGGACGUGCUGAUUUCGUCUGUGGAGGGUCUGGCUCUCCUAGUAUGGACCCCGCCCACUUCGGUGGGGAUAUGUCGCCUCUGUAUGUGCCGAGGAAAAGGAAGCCUGUCCAGUCCCAAGCCAGGGGUGCACCUCCAUGUCCAGCUGUUCAGAGCUUUCCAGACAGACGUGGUGAACUAAACACCUUGGAGUAUCCAGAGAAUGAAUCGUCUCAAGAUCAAAAUGAUGUGAAGAUGAAGAGAACUUCCAGCAAAAAAAGGUAUGAGGACCUCCAGAAUGUUUCCCUGGGACCUGUGGACUAUCCGACCCCCAGCUGCUCUCUGAUGGGACCAGAUGGCAUGGCAAACGGCUCAGAUGAAAGCUCUGUAGACGUGCCUCCAAGACAGAUGGGGAAGGAUGUUUGGUGUGAAGCACCAGAGGUGAGCCAGGAGCAGCGGCGUCCUGAGGAACAGACCUGGGACCCCAGCAGGGAGCGAGGUCCCGAAGCCUGGACUCCAGGCAGGAAAGAAGCCCCGGACCAGGUCUGGAGCGCCGGUAGAGACGCAGCGGGACGCUCCAGCCAGGAGCAGACAUGGAUCCCUGAAGGAGAUGGACCCAAUCCUGGACCAGAGCAGGCUUGGAUCACGAGACAGGACCGAGGUCCUGAGACGGGAUGGGGGGUGGGGAGAGAUCAGAGCCAGGAUCCGGCCUGGAACGGUGGAAGGGAUCCAGGAAGAGACAGAGCGUCCACAGCACCAGAGCAAGGGUGGGGAAACGGCCAAAGUCAGGACGAGCAAGCCUGGAGCGAGUCAAGCAGGCAGCGGGCGAACGUCUGGAGACCUGACUUGAACUUGAAGAAGGUCCAAAGAGCAGAAGUGGAGCCAAGCCCUGCUGUAAAUAACUUCCUUCCACCACCAGAGGGCAGCGAGUCCUAUGCAGUCAGUGUUAGUAAGACCCCAGCAGCUCAGAUGAAUGAAGAUCAGAAAGUUUUCAUUCCUCCAAUCAAAAAGGAACCUCCGACCUAUCCUCCAGGAAGCCAAGAGGAGCGCUGGCAGCUCCAGAUCGUGGCCAAAGGGAGAAUCACGUGUCCCAAAUGUAAAAGUGUGAGCCGGAAAACGGUGGAAGGGCUGAAGAAACAUAUGGAGAACUGCAGACUGCAACCUUUUACCUGUCAGCACUGCGGGAAGCAGCUGAAAUCCUCGACGGGGAUGAAGUAUCACAUCAUGGCUGACCACAGCCACCUGCCAUCGACUGAUGACUCCAAGGACCUCGACGACCGAGCGAUCAAAGACAAACUGCGAAAAAUCCUGAAGAGACUCGGCAAACUGAAAUGCUCUAAAGAGGGCUGCACAGCUGCCUUCACCAGCAUCAUGGGCUACGUGUACCACAUGAAGAAGUGUGGGAAGGAAGAGUCUGAGCUGGAGAAGUUGCUGCUGUACUGCUCCCACUGUGGAAAAACGUACAAAUCCAAGGCUGGUCUGGAGUACCACCUGAAAUCAGAGCACGCUCCUACGCCGCAGAAGAGCGAGGAGGACGAGGCCCUGAAGGCUCAGAGGGAGGCAAACCCAGAGAGGACGCCCAGCGGCAGAGUGCAGCGAGCGUCUGCACAGGUGGCCAACUUCCACCUGGCCGAGAUCGCCAACAACGAGCUGCCAAAAGACUGGCCUAAAAGGAAGUUCCCGUCGGACCUGGUGCCUGAUGAUAAGAAGUUGAAAUAUGCCCGCCCGGGCCUGCCGGCGUUCAGCCAAGAGGUGCUGAGGAAGUGGAAGAAUGAGGUGAAGCUGCAGAGGAAAGUCCAUUGCCCCAACCAGGGCUGUGACUGCACAUACACCAGUGUGUCAGGACUGAAAGCUCACCUGGGACUGUGCACAAAGGGUGAAUUUGAGGCCGGGAAAUACAGAUGUUUGAUCUGCAACAAGGAGUUUAACUCUGAAAGUGGAGUGAAAUACCACAUAAACUCCGUCCAUUCACAGGACUGGUUCGUCACAAACAAAAAAGCUUCCAAGAAGUUUGAGAAGUUCCUCAAGAAGCAGACAAAAGAGACGGUGCACGCGGACAAGCAGACCGCGGAUCAGUACCACUACCACCACCUGCACCAGCAGCAGCACCAGCAGCAUCACCAUUACCACCAGCAGCCCCUGCAGCAUCCACUGCAGCCUCUGCACCACCUGCAGCACCAACCCCAGUUCCUCCACGCUGAGCAGCACAGCCUCCACCCACAGGAUGACCCCCAGCUUGAGCAGCCGGAGCCCCACUACACUCCUCUAGAACCUCCCCCGGGACCACUGUGGCUGGACAUGGACCGCAAGGAAGCCGUGCCGGGACCAGAGCACAUUGACGUGCGCAUGAUUGACGCGGUCAAGACGGAGGAGAUCGGCGGUGAGAUAACGGAAGUCCAAGGGAGGAUUAAGGGCGAAGCCAUAGGAGAGCCGGGGAUGAUGGACGGGGGACAGACGGACUGCUUUCCUUUCAGCAGCGGCGAGGAGGAGGCGGGGCAUCGCCAGAUCAACCACUGGAACCUGAAACGACCCGGCCUCAUGGAGCCGCACGCUGACGCUGCAAAAUGACGGCGAUGCGCUUCACAAGAACCUGCAUCAGCUGCCACAAUAAAAGACGCAACUGACGGGUUUCUCCUGCAACAGAUUUAAAACCUGCAGUGCAGAAAAAAUGCGACGGCAGCCGAGGAUGCACUGCAGGCGGGAUGGUUUGGAGGUGAAAAAUGAUGAAGGACGCCAAGCAUGAAGCUGUGGAUUUAACACUUUGUUCACUCUUGUCUGUUGCUAAAUGUAGUCACAUCGUUUAUCUGGGCGUUUUCACCAAUUUUGUUUUUUAGGUCCAAUUCUUUUUAAAAAAAACUUCCCCGUCUUUCUUCCAAAAA